AUCUUAUCCUCAAGCUUGGAGUUUUGAAUAAAAGUUCAAAAUGAUGGCUGCGGUACUCCUUAAAGUAGUGUUAACUAUCCUUACAUUUACCUGCAUUGAAUCAAGAGAUUCUAGUAAGAUCAACGGACACUUCACAGAUUCAUCAAGAUGGAAUGCAACGACAAACUCGCCCGGAAAUUUCACCAAAAGCCCAGGUAACUGGACCAAUAGUACUGGUUCUAACUGGAAUUUGACUACACCCGUACCUGGAAAUUUCACCAACCAGCCAAAUUGGAACGUAACCACACUAUCUCCUGGAAAUUUCACCCAAAACCCAGCGAACUGGACCAACAGUACUAGCUCUAGUUGGAACCUGACUACACCUGUACCUGGCAACUUCACAAAUCAACCAAAUUGGAAUGUAACUACACUUUCUCCUGGAAAUUUCACCCAAAACCCAGCGAACUGGACCAACAGUACUGGCUCUUACUGGAAUUUGACUACACCUGUACCAGGAAAUUUCACCAACCAGCCAAAUUGGAAUGUAACCACACUAUCUCCUGGAAAUUUCACCCAAAAUCCAGCGAACUGGACCAACAGUACUGGCUCUAGUUGGAACCUGACUACACCUGUACCUGGCAACUUCACAAAUCAACCAAAUUGGAAUGUAACUACACUUUCUCCUGGAAAUUUCACCCAAAACCCAGCCAACUGGACCAACAGUACUGGCUCUAGUUGGAACCUGACUACACCUGUACCUGGCAACUUCACAAAUCAACCAAAUUGGAAUGUAACUACACUUUCUCCUGGAAAUUUCACCCAAAACCCAGCGAACUGGACCAACAGUACUGGCUCUAACUGGAAUUUGACUACACCCGUACCAGGAAAUUUCACCAACCAGCCAAAUUGGAAUGUAACCACACUAUCUCCUGGAAAUUUCACCCAAAACCCAGCGAACUGGACCAACAGUACUGGCUCUAGUUGGAACCUGACUACACCUGUACCUGGCAACUUCACAAAUCAACCAAAUUGGAAUGUAACUACACUUUCUCCUGGAAAUUUCACCCAAAACCCAGCGAACUGGACCAACAGUACUGGCUCUAACUGGAAUUUGACUACACCCGUACCAGGAAAUUUCACCAACCAGCCAAAUUGGAAUGUAACCACACUAUCUUCUGGAAAUUUCACCCAAAACCCAGCGAACUGGACCAACAGUACUGGCUCUAGUUGGAACCUGACUACACCUGUACCUGGCAACUUCACAAAUCAACCAAAUUGGAACGUAACUACACUUUCUCCUGGAAAUUUCACCCAAAACCCAGCGAACUGGACCAACAGUACUGGCUCUAGUUGGAACCUCACUACACCUGUACCUGGCAACUUCACAAAUCAACCAAAUUGGAAUGUAACUACACUUUCUCCUGGAAAUUUCACCCAAAACCCAGCGAACUGGACCAACAGUACUGGCUCUAGUUGGAACCUGACUACACCUGUACCUGGCAACUUCACAAAUCAACCAAAUUGGAAUGUAACUACACUUUCUCCUGGAAAUUUCACCCAAAACCCAGCAAACUGGACCAACAGUACUGGCUCUAGUUGGAACCUGACUACACCUGUACCUGGCAACUUCACAAAUCAACCAAAUUGGAAUGUAACUACACUUUCUCCUGGAAAUUUCACCCAAAACCCAGCAAACUGGACCAACAGUACUGGCUCUAGUUGGAACCUGACUACACCUGUACCUGGCAACUUCACAAAUCAACCAAAUUGGAAUGUAACUACACUUUCUCCUGGAAAUUUCACCCAAAACCCAGCAAACUGGACCAACAGUACUGGCUCUAGUUGGAACCUGACUACACCUGUACCUGGCAACUUCACAAAUCAACCAAAUUGGAAUGUAACUACACUUUCUCCUGGAAAUUUCACCCAAAACCCAGCAAACUGGACCAACAGUACUGGCUCUAGUUGGAACCUGACUACACCUGUACCUGGCAACUUCACAAAUCAACCAAAUUGGAAUGUAACUACACUUUCUCCUGGAAAUUUCACCCAAAACCCAGCGAACUGGAGCAACAGUACUGGCUCUAACUGGAAUUUGACUACACCCGUACCAGGAAAUUUCACCAACCAGCCAAAUUGGAAUGUAACCACACUAUCUCCUGGAAAUUUCACCCAAAACCCAGCGAACUGGACCAACAGUACUGGCUCUAGUUGGAACCUGACUACACCUGUACCUGGCAACUUCACAAAUCAACCAAAUUGGAAUGUAACUACACUUUCUCCUGGAAAUUUCACCCAAAACCCAGCGAACUGGACCAACAGUACUGGCUCUAGUUGGAACCUGACUACACCUGUACCUGGCAACUUCACAAAUCAACCAAAUUGGAAUGUAACUACACUUUCUCCUGGAAAUUUCACCCAAAACCCAGCGAACUGGAUCAACAGUACUGGCUCUAACUGGAAUGUGACUACACCCGUACCUGGAAAUUUCACCAACCAGCCAAAUUGGAAUGUAACCACACUAUCUCCUGGAAAUUUCACCCAAAACCCAGCGAACUGGACCAACAGUACUGGCUCUAGUUGGAACCUGACUACACCUGUACCUGGCAACUUCACAAAUCAACCAAAUUGGAAUGUAACUACACUUUCUCCUGGAAAUUUCACCCAAAACCCAGCGAACUGGACCAACAGUACUGGCUCUAACUGGAAUUUGACUACACCCGCACCUGGAAAUUUCACCAACCAGCCAAAUUGGAACGUAACCACAGUAUCUCCUGGAAAUUUCACCCAAAACCCAGCGAACUGGACCAACAGUACUGGCUCUAACUGGAAUUUGACUACACCCGUACCAGGAAAUUUCACCAACCAGCCAAAUUGGAAUGUAACCACACUAUCUCCUGGAAAUUUCACCCAAAACCCAGCGAACUGGACCAACAGUACUGGCUCUAGUUGGAACCUGACUACACCUGUACCUGGCAACUUCACAAAUCAGCCAAAUUGGAAUGUAACUACACUUUCUCCUGGAAAUUUCACCCAAAACCCAGCGAACUGGACUAAUAGUACUGGCUCUAGUUGGAACCUGACUUCACCUGUGCCUGGAAACUUCACAAACCAACCAAAUUGGAACGUGACCACACUGUCUCCUGGAAAUUUCACCCAAAACUCAGGCAACCUGACUGUUAAUAUCGGUCAUUAAAUAUGUAAAAUAAUAAUUCUUUUCUGAUAACGAUAAAAUAACUGUACCUUAAAUGUUAUUUGUUAAUUGUUAAAUAAUAAAAUAUGACAAUGAGCAUUAUUUGGUAAUAUUUCAUUUUUUAAUGCAUUUAUAUCUAAAUACUAGUCACUAGAAUUAAUAUAAAUUAUUUAUUUAAACCAAUUCUUAAAAAUAAAGAUAUUUCUAAUUUA